UGAAACAAUCAGAAAAUGUGUCUAGUGCAGGAAUAAAAGCUGCACUCCACAUCCAUUAUUUAAACAUCCAUUAUCUAUGUUUUUCAGCUAAGUGUUCAAUAAUGGCACACAGCUAUCAGCAAGGUUAUGAUGACAGACGUUUUGAAGGUCGAGUCAGAGAAGAUCUUUCCUGUUCUAUUUGUCAAGGGGUGCUCAGAAAUCCACGAACUUGCCAGAAUAAAGAACAUCCAUUUUGUCUUUCUUGUAUAUCUCAACAUCUUCGUAAUUCCCACACAUGUCCUGAAUGCAGAGAACACCUGACCCCAGAAACACUCAAAGAUCCACCGAGAUUUUUGAAGAAUAUUCUAUCAGAGUUGAAAAUCAAGUGUGAUUAUACUGAGCGAGGAUGUCCGGGCUACGUCCAGCUUGGAAAUUUACAGCCUCACGUUGAGCGAUGUGGCUUUGCGCCUGUUAUGUGUGGAAAUGAAGGAUGUGGGACAAUGAUCAAUAAAAGAGAUAGAGAAAUCCAUGAGCGAGAACUCUGCCAGUGUAGAAUCCCCAAAUGCCACGACUGCAAAGAUAUGAAACAAGUCAAGAUGAAAUGAAAGCAAGUGUAGAUGAAAUAAAAGCAAGUCAAGAUGCAAUAAAGGUAAAACCAUUUUGUCCACGUUUAGGUUAGCAUGGCAACAUAUUGUAUCGUAGAACAUAGUUCAUCAAUUUAUAUACAGUUGAGAAUAUCUUAACACUAACAUUAAAUAAGAUGUAUUAAAACUUCAAAAGAGAGCAGCAUGAAUAAUACAAGGGAUAACUGGUAAAACACAAUCAGUACAACUGUUGCAACUAUGCGAGUAGCUGCAUAUUCAUACUGGAAAACUCUACUACCGUAAAAACCUCUAUUUUUCGAGCACUAAAAAAUAUGGCAGUGGCUCAAUAUGUGAUAUGUUUGCAAAGAGAAAUGAAGUGACAAAUAUUUAGGGAAUACUGAGCAACUACAACUGGCAUACAUCUUCCAAGAGUUAGAACUGAGAAGACUAAAUGAAAAACAACGUAUAGUGGACCAUACUUUUUAACUCGCUAUCAAAUCACCUUAAAAUAAUUAAAAAUUAACCAGAUAUAUCGUUUUCAAAUUUGCGAUGAACAAACAUUUUCAUAAAGAUGAACGAUGAGGUUGACCAGCUUCAAAUAUAUUACUCGUUGUAAUUAUGUGAUACCGUAGAAUCAAUAGUUUUGAUUUCUUUAUAUAAGUGAAUAAGUAACUAACUAGAAUAGGUAAUCAUAUUGUAUUAAUUUUAGUGUUGCGAGGACCAUCAAUAUCUUACCAACUUGGUUGGUAAAGUUGUUAUCCUCUUUUUAAAUGAUUAAUAAUAACAAUUAUAAUUCAGGAAAAUGUUGAGGAGAUGAAAGUAAGACAAGAUGAAAUGAUAGCUAGUCAAGUCGGAAUGGAAAGAAAACAAGAUGAAAUUAAGGUUAGACAAGUUUUUGUUCUUUGCGUGUUUGCAAAGCAAUCAAUUUUGAAAAGUUUGUGAAAAUGUAUGGAGGCAUCUCCGAGAUUAUCCGCAGCCUUGUCAGUGAAGUUUAUAUUUUACAAUUCAGGAACAUGUCGACGAGAUGAAGGUGGAAUUGAGCACAACAAAAGUGGAAAUGGAAAGAAAGCAAGAUGAAAUCAAUGUCAAAGUAAAUCAAAUAAAGGUAAGACAAGAUUUUGUUUACUUUUGUAAGUUUUAAUUUGCAGAACUCUUUUUCCUAAGCAUGAGCGUUUAUCAAUUCAAAUAUUGUUUAAGGCAAACUUCUAAGGAUUCAAGCCAACAUAUUGAACACUUUGCCAAGUAAAUAAACUAUUUAUGGUGCACAGCUUCUCAAAAUGUACACUAUGUCGUCGCUGAUAUAUUUUAAUAUAGCAACAUAGUCACAGAAGUUUUUAAUUUUACAAUCCAGGAGAAUGUUAACGAGAUAAUGCGAAGUCAAGCAGAAAUGAAAGCAAAUCAAGUGAUGUUUAAAGCUGAGGUAAGCCAGCAGAUUCAAAAAAUGAAAGAAAUGUUGAAUCAGCUGUUGCUAGGAAAAAAUGUAAACAACAAUGGUGCUCAAGCUAUAGGUCCAGAUCCACCAUUUCCAGACAACAACCAAGACAUUAUUGUUCUUGGCGGUCGCUAUGGUGGAAAAAGGGAUGAUGUAUUGAAAACAGUUGAAAAAUACAACAUAGUAGAAGGCAAGUCAACUCAGCUGUCGCGAAUGAAUCUCCCUCGAGUAGCAUCAGCAUCAUGUGUUUACAACGGUGACGUCAUCGUUGCCGGAGGUUGGGACGGUCAAGCUGGUACUGACUCCAUCGAGAUUUUAAAGAUGAACCAGCAUCCUUUGCGAUGGACGAUGUUUGAUGGUAAACUGCCCGCCAAGUUAUUUGGACAUUACGUCACAGUUUACCAAGAUAAAUUAUAUAUCAUAGGAGGAUAUAACUGGAAUGAAAAUAAAACAUCCGAUGCAAUUUAUGAACUAUCCCUUGCCCCGCCUUAUACUGCCAAGCUUCUCGCAAGAAUGCCUCAGCCAAGGAAAAACCACAGAGCAGAGAUUGUUAACGGAAAGUUAUUUAUCUUGGGAGGAACGACAACAGGCGCUACUAAAGAUGCCAGCGUUGUCGUGUAUGAUUUCAUUAAGAACGAGAUUAAGCCAUGUCCAUCGUUACCCGAGCCUGUCUCGAGAAUGUCCACAGUUGCUUGGGGCAAUAUAAUCAUUGUUGUUGGCGGGAUGGAUAAGAAUGAUCAGGAUUUAAAUGACGUCAUCAUGUAUCACAUUGAAACUGGGCGAAGUGAAAGAUUACCUUCACUGAAACACAGGAGGGGUGGUGCCUCAGCCGUCAUCAUGCAUGACGUCAUUGUUGUACUGGGAGGAUAUAAUAAGGAGGAGCGACAUCUCAACUCAGUAGAAAGUUUCACAAUGGGAGAUGAUCAGUGGAAAGAACUGCCAGGAAUGAAAGAGAAAAGACGUUACACAACUGCUGUAGUAACACCUGGCAAGUGAAAGUUUUUAAGAAACUUUUCAAAACAGUUGUGUCCGAUGCUGAUCACAAGCUUUGCCAUCUUCUGCCGCCCUCAAAGACAUCAGCCUAUAACCUAAGAAGACUGCGUCGUUUUGACUGUCCUGCUACACGAACAAAUCGUUUUAGUAAUUCUUAUAUUCUGUCAAUGUCAAAAGAGUAGUUUAUAAACGAUACCAUACAGUGGGGAUCAGAUUUGACUUCCCCUACCACUUCCGCUGCCUAUCGCUGUUUUGUUAUGCAUGUGAUUAGUUAAUUUAGUAGUCUGAAUGUUUCUGAUUAGUUCCUAGUCCUUUUCGGUAGCAGUGGUGGUGGUGGAGGUCGGAUCUGAACUUCGCUACCAACGUUUUACAAGUACAUAUUUAUUGAUAUGUGUAUG